AUGGCGCGAUGUAAACUCCACCAGAUAGACUCGACAACCACAUUGCAUACUUCAAUAACUGGCAAUCCAUCAUCGCUACCAACCCUAGUAUUUCUUCAUUUCUGGGGCGGUUCCUCAGCAACAUAUGCACCGCUAAUAUCACACCUCACCUCAUACCACACAAUCUCCAUCGACUUCCGAGGCUUAGGUCUUUCCACCGGCCCAGACGAUCAAUCGGCAUACUCAAUCAAGCAUCUCGCCCUCGACAUCGAAGACCUCCUCUCCAAGCUCGCCUUGCGGGAUAUUCUCCUAGUAGGCCACUCCAUGGGCGGAAAAGUAGCGCAACUCAUAGCAGGUCGGAAUAACACACCGAACCUCAAAGGACUGAUACUCAUUGCGCCAGCACCACCUACGCCUUUAGUUCUUCCUGACGACUUGAGGGAGCAAUCGUACACCGCUUACGAAACGAGGGAAUCGUGCGAGUUUGUGAUAAGAAAUGUACUUACCUCUUCCACACUCACUGAUGAGGCGACCGAGGCGCUGGUACGGGAUAUGUUGAGGGGGAAUAGACAUGCGAGGAGGGCUUGGCCGGAGUAUGGUAUGGCUGAGGAUAUUAGGGAGGAGGUGAAGGGGAUGAGGUGUCCGGUGUUGGUUGCUGCAGGGGAGAAUGAUGUGGUUGAGACGAGGGAGAGGUUGGAGAGGGAGGUGGUAGGUUGCUAUGAGGGGGGAGAGAUGGUUGUUGUGGAGGGGGUUGGACAUCUCAUGGUCGUUGAAGCACCGGCGGAGGUUGCGAGGGUUGUGGAGGAGUUUGUUGCUGGAAUUUAG